AUGGCCUCGCAAAAGCCCCGCGACGAGCCCGAGAAGCGCCUCGGCGUGCCAUCGCGCAACCCGCUGCCGCUGUCCGCCUCGCAAGAAGCCCAGGUGCGCGACCUCUACUAUGCCCGCGUCCGCAAGCAGUGCACCGACGAGAUCAAGGCCUUUGCCGCCUGCGCCCUCGGCCGCACCUUUUCCGUCUCGUUUGCCUGCCGAGCCGAGCACCGCGCCAUGAACAGCUGCAUGAAGCUGCACGCCACGCAGCAGGAGCACGACGCCGCCCGCGAGGAGUGGUUCGCCCUGCGCCUCGAGCGCCAGCGCCAGCGAGAGCACAAGGCAAAGGUCGCCGCCGCCCAGGAGGACUUUAUGCGCGAGUGGUGGGGGCUGCCCGAGGACGUCCGCCUGUCGCGCCAGAGGGAUCUCGAGAGCCGCUACGGCGAGGAGCGCGUCGGUGGCAUGCCGGCCAAGGACCGUCCGAUGCAGGGUGGCACGGGCACCACGGCGAGAUGA